AUGAAGACCAAUGACGGUUUUGUACCCAUCACCGCCAUCUUCUACGCCGUUUUUCAUCCUAUUCAGGGUACUAAGAUAGUACAUCAAGUACCUGAAGAUGCGAUUGGAGGACUGACAGAAAUAGAGCAAGAUAAAGAUGUUCUUUUUAACUUUGACACGGUCAAGAACUAUAUUAUUCCGAAACCUCAUCUCUGCAACAGACUUGUGUCUUUCAAAAUCAAGGAACAUAAGGUGGUUGGCUUCCCCGUCAAUAUUGAAGGAAGCCGGUACGCGCGAAAUUCAUUUAAUUUCAAUUUUGGGUUUGUCUUUCCAUAUAGCGCCAACACCAUGCCCUAUGAGGCUGCCAUUGCUCGAAUGGGUAAGAUGUUCCAGGCACUAGAAGAACAAAGCAAUCUCUUGAGUCGACUCGACAAGGAGCAAAUCUUUUUUAGUGGUGAACAUGAAAAUUUGGCCCUGGGUUCUGCGAUUGAAUAUACUCCAGGACAUGAACGCAUUCAAAAGAUACUGAUGCUGUCUAUUGAGUCACUUAUUCAUCAGGUCUAUCAGGAUCUAAACAACUACUCGGAAUGUUGUAUACCAAUCGAUUCGGCCACCAGUGUCGAUAUCAAGCUCUUUCCUGUUCUCCCGCCACCAGUGGACUUGCAUGCAUAUCAGGUACCAGUUCUGACAGUCAAGUUGCAUCUGUUUGUUGACGUAGCGUGUGAUCCUACCAUGAUCCGGAUUUUGCCCUAUAUUAACGGCGUCAACUCUGUGCGCCGCAUCAGUGAACUAGCAGAUGCAGAUUACUCACUAACAAAACAAUGUAUUCAACACUUGAUGCAUUACCAAUGUAUUAUCUUGGUAGACAUCUUCCAGUUCAGCAACAUUUACGCGCCCACUAAUAGAAUCGGUGAGUUUCUCCGAGCAAAGGGAAUGGCUGAGGACUGUCAGGCGUAUGUUGUUUCUGCAAACUCGCUGGCCGACUUCAACUCCCUUUUACUCUCUUCCCUGACACCCCAAUCAGCAGCAACCCCAGUUCAUGACGCACCGUCCGGACUGGCAGCACUGCACUCGCGCGAUAAUCUUUAUAAGUCCAAUCCGAUUUCUAACAGCACGUCGGCACAGACACCUGCGUCCUCAAGUCCAUACUUGAGAAGCGCUAUAGGAAGUGCUGGAGGUGGCAGAGGUCGAUUAGAGAUUAAAAUACCUUCUAAAGCAUCUCUUUUUUUUCUCUUUAGACUGCUUAGUCAAGGUCAGACGCUUAAAGAAUGGUACAUCCAGCAUCAGAAACAGCUCCAAAAUAUCGAUAUCCGUCGAUUCAUAAAUUUUGGAGUAAUCCGGGGCAUUAUUUAUCGCGUGCAUACAUACCCGAUUCUCGAGAGUACAACACGUUCUUUAGAGAAUCAUGAGCCCGCAAAAAAUGAUGUCAAUCGCUUGAUAGCUCACCUUGAGCGGGGACUUCGGAGAAGCAAAGAUCAAAGCGAGAAUAGUGGCGCAAUCAAAACAAUUUUAAUCGAUAAUGGAGAUGGGACAGGUGUCAAGGAGAAACGUACUGUGAGUUUCAACUAUCAUGUGGGCACUUCACGGAGAGCCAGCGAUCUAAUUAGUGAGUCAUCUUUGCGAACGGAAAAUGUCGAUCUGGAUGUGUUCGAGAGUGAAUCUGACGAAUCAGAUACUGGAGAACAUUUUAAUACUGGGCGUGGGAUCGUGUUGAGCGGUCCCAAGGGCGAGAAACUCACGGAGAGUGAACAGUUGGAAGACUUAGAGGAUCUUCGGAAAUUGGCAGAACUAUUGAAGAAUUUUCAGCAUUUUGAUUCUAUAUGCACAGAGCUUCAGAAACCUAGGGGAGAUGUUGAGCGCCUUUUGGACCGAAUGGGUGAGUACUCAAUCAUCAAUGCAUGA